UGUGGGCCUCAUCAAUACUUACAAGUUAAUUUUGCAUAAUUUUCCAUGUGUUUACCCUGGGUUCUUUGCUUCGUAUUAUACUGACAUUAAAAACAGUGUAACCUUAACAUUGUGGCAGUUUGUGAGUUGCUUUCAUGACAUGUUACUAUCAAAACAUUCAAUCUAAUUUUGUUUUGCUGCCUGUUUGCUUAAUUCCUCCUUCAUCAGCUCUUGCAGCCACGGUGCCUCCUGAGUCCUCUGCUGACCCUCCACCUGCAGCUCCUCUUCAUCAGCCGCCGGCUGAGCUUCCCAGUCACUGGAAGGAUCAGCUUCCAUCUUACCAGCAGGCGUGGAUCCGGCAGACGUUGUUCAAGGCCAACCCACGCACCGGGAAGCCAGAGCUGGUCUCACAGCUGAAGCUGUGGUGGUACCCUCCUCAGGACCCCCUCAUUCACGCCCAGCCUCCUGCCUCACCUGACCUCUUCUUCUGCCGCCCACUCUUCCUGUGGAUGCCCCAGAAGAUGUGGCAGUUCCCUCUGACCUGCGUCCGCCCAGCCUGUGCCAAGCACAGACUCACCGCCGCCGGAGUCUACAGGACGGUGCGGAAGGUGCUGGACAUCGACGGCUGGUACGACCUCGCCACCGAGUACCUGGAGUGCAAAGGCUGCUCCAAGAAGUAUCCAGCGUGGUCGGAAGACAUCUUGGGCCAGCUGGAUAUGGGCCACCGCAGCCAGUUCCCAGCUCUGCUCACUUACAGAUACUCGUGUGGCGUCCGCGUGCUGCGGAUGAUGAGGGAGAGGACGAUGGGCAACAGCGCGACCCAGCUGUUCAAGAAGCUGCAGGAACAGCACAGCGAGGCGUGGAUGGAGCGCGUCCUGCAGUACCUGUCAGCUUGUGAGCCCUUCGCUCGGUCCGCUGUUGUCCGCCCCCCCGUCUUCGCUGAGCCUCCCUGCCUACCUGCCCUCCCCAAGCCCAAGUGACUGCUGGCCGUGUACGCUAGGGAUGUGCUCAGCCGGCUGCACGAGGUGAAGGCCAAGAUCACCUCCAUCUUUGGCUCGGUCCUCAAGAUGGACUCCACCAAGAAGGUCACGAAGAAGCUCGCCGGUGCUGCCGCAGGUACAGCUGCCUGGUGCACUAAUGUCGGGAACGAGUACGGCCAAGUGCUCGUCUCAGUCCUGACAGCUGGUGAGGGACAGGCGCUUGACGCCAUGGCAGCUGGCCUGGUGAGGCGGUACAGUGAGGCGGGUGAGGCACCUCCCAAGGUCAUCUAUGUGGACAGAGACUGCUGCAGCCAGCGUGGCCCCUGUCGGGUGAAGGCCAUGUUUACAGGGUGGGAUGAGCUCCAGGUGCGCCUGGACAUCUGGCACUUCAUGCGGCGAUUUGCUGCAGGUGUCACCACGGAGGCUCACCCCCUGUACGGCGUGUUCAUGGCCCGCCUCUCCACC